GGCGGCGUGACGGCGGAGCGGCGGCCACGGGACGGCCGUUGGGGCCAUGGCGCAGCGCUACCUGCUGCUGGCGCUGGGCGGCGGGCGGCGGCUGCCCGGGGUACUGCUGCAGCAGCUGCUGUGCGGGAGAGGCCUGCUGCCGCCGCGGCCCUGCCUGGCACAGCUUCGUGAAAGUGUUCCCACCGGUGUUACGACUGACAGAAGGACGGUCUUGGCAAGCGUCAUUGCUGCUUGCAGAAGGCUCUUCUCACAGCCUCCCAAAGGAUUUGAAAAAUAUUUUCCCAAUGGGAAGAAACCUAAUGGAACUAAAGGUUCAGCUGGAGAAACAAAAGAAGCAAAGCAAGCUGCUGCCCGACAGCCAAGUGGGACUGGUAGUGGAGGAGGCGGCAGCGGUGGGAAGAAAGGCGGCAAGAAAGAAGAUGCAAACUGGUGGACCAGAUUGCAGAAGGGUGACAUUCCUUGGGACGUCAGGGAGUUCCGUAUGUACGUAGUGGGAAGUUCAUUUUUCUGGACGAUGGUUGUGUAUUACUUCUUCUUCAGGGUCCCUGGGAGAGAAAUCACCUGGAAAGACUUUGUUAAUAACUACCUUUCUAAAGGAGUGGUGGACAGACUGGAAGUGGUGAACAAGCGCUUUGUUAGAGUGAUCUUUGUGUCAGGAAAGUCUCCUCAUGAAUGGCAGUACGUCUGGUUUAAUAUCGGUAGUGUGGACACUUUCGAACGAAAUCUUGAAACUGUGCAGCAAGACCUGGGUAUAGAAGUGGAGAACAGGUUGCCUGUAGUCUACUCAACAGAGAGUGAUGGAUCGUUUCUCCUGAGUUUGCUGCCCACAAUCCUUAUUAUUGGCUCUUUAUUGUACACAUUAAGAAGAGGUCCUGCAGGCUUAGGUCGAGGAGGGCGUGGAAUGGGUGGACUUUUCAGUGUGGGCGAAACCACAGCCAAAGUCCUUAAGGAUGAGAUAGAUGUCAAAUUCAAAGAUGUAGCUGGCUGUGAGGAGGCCAAAUUAGAGAUAAUGGAGUUUGUUAACUUUCUGAAAAAUCCCAAGCAGUAUGAGGAUCUCGGAGCAAAAAUUCCGAAGGGGGCAAUUCUGACAGGUCCUCCGGGUACUGGAAAAACACUUCUAGCUAAAGCUACCGCUGGAGAAGCUAACGUACCAUUUAUCACAGUCAAUGGCUCCGAGUUCUUGGAGAUGUUUGUUGGUGUGGGUCCAGCUCGAGUUCGAGACUUAUUCGCUCUUGCUCGUAAAAAUGCCCCAUGCAUCCUCUUCAUUGACGAAAUAGACGCAGUAGGAAGGAAGAGAGGAAGAGGCAACUUUGGAGGACAGAGUGAACAAGAGAACACACUCAAUCAGCUUCUAGUAGAAAUGGAUGGCUUUAAUACCACCACGAAUGUAGUAAUUCUGGCAGGUACUAACAGGCCAGAUAUUUUAGACCCUGCUCUAAUGAGACCGGGACGCUUUGACAGACAGAUCUACAUUGGCCCUCCAGAUAUAAAAGGAAGAGCAUCUAUUUUCAAAGUUCACCUUAGACCUCUGAAACUAGAUACAGUCUUAGAUAAAGAUAACCUAGCAAGAAAACUCGCAUCACUAACACCUGGUUUUUCAGGUGCUGAUAUUGCUAAUGUUUGUAACGAAGCUGCAUUAAUUGCUGCACGGCAUCUCUCGGAUGCUAUAAACCAAAAGCAUUUUGAGCAAGCAAUUGAAAGAGUGAUUGGAGGUUUGGAAAAGAAAACUCAAGUUCUGCAACCAGAGGAGAAAAAGACAGUAGCAUAUCAUGAGGCAGGGCAUGCAGUUGCAGGAUGGUUUUUGGAACAUGCUGACCCACUCUUAAAGGUAUCUAUUAUCCCUCGUGGUAAAGGACUGGGUUAUGCUCAGUAUUUACCCAAAGAACAGUAUCUUUAUACCAAAGAGCAACUACUUGACAGAAUGUGCAUGACACUGGGUGGACGUGUAUCUGAGCAAAUCUUCUUUGGAAGAAUUACAACCGGUGCUCAAGAUGACUUGAAGAAGGUGACACAGAGUGCAUAUGCUCAGAUUGUCCAGUUUGGUAUGAAUGAAAAAGUUGGGCAGAUUUCCUUCGACCUCCCUCGCCAAGGAGACAUGGUUUUAGAGAAACCCUAUAGUGAGGCAACUGCCAGAAUGAUAGAUGAAGAAGUUCGGUCACUUAUUAACAUUGCUUAUGACAGGACGUUAUCUCUUCUGACUGAGAAGAAAGCAGAAGUAGAGAAGGUUGCCCUACGACUACUGGAGAAGGAAGUGCUUGAUAAAAGCGAUAUGGUGGACUUGCUUGGCCCAAGACCAUUUGCAGAGAAGUCCACUUACGAAGAAUUUGUUGAAGGGACAGGAAGUUUGGAUGAGGAUACUUCUCUGCCAGAAGGCCUUAAAGACUGGAACAAAAAACGUGAAAAAGAGAAAGAAGAGACAACAGAUGAAGAGGUUGUUAGGCAGAUCAGAGGAGGGAUGCCAUUUUAACUGCCGUGUGUGGUGAUGCUGACUUGCACUCUGGAAGAGAAAUAAACUCACCUAGUUUGUACCUCCAAAACAAAUAUUUAUUCAACCAAACUGUAUUAAAGAUGGAUGGAAGAAUGGUGUCUUGUGAAGAGACAAAGAUAUUCUACUCCCAGUACGUGGUAUCAUCAGUUCACCGGUAAAAGAUCAUCUUUCAUUUGUCAGCUGAAGAAACGUACAUUGGAUUUGAGCUGCAGUGGAUUGCCAGAACUGAACCUCCCAAACACUGAAACAAUUCAGAUUGAUGCACAAACUCCAUGGCACUGGUCUCUUUUUUUUUUUUUUUUCAAAUGUAUGUAGGCUUAUUAAAAAUAAUAAUAAUAAUAAAGUAUUUUGAUUAUUCACCUAAAAUAUACAUGUAUGUGAUUUGUUUCCAAAAAGAAUCAUAGAAAAAUGCAUUGUUGAAUGCUUGGCCAAAAGUCUGGUCUUGCAAAGUGUAAGUAGCAUUGCGGAAAUGUCAGCUUUUUGAUCUGAUCCUUCUCCCCACCCUUCAUUUUGAUUUUUAAAAGGAAUUGUUUACAAAGAAGAGUCAUGUAAAUUGACAGUGAAACUAGAUUGCCCACUUAAGUGUCUUAAAAUGUGCUCAUGGUUCAGUCUGGCACUGGCUCCUGCAGUUUUACUGGUCAAGUUUUUUACGGAGUUCUGUAAGAUAUUGAACAUAUGAAUGUGUUGUGUAAAUACAGUUUGAGUCAAUAAAAUCAGUACUUUUCUGAA